UCUUCUUCGUCGGUUAUUUGGAGGGAAUCCAUUUUCUUUCAUGGAUCGCUGGAGCGGAAUCCUGAAGGUGCCAUUGUACACACGUAGCGGCACAACGUACUACAGAGUUGCGGCGUCUCUCCGCUUCUCUCCUUCUACCAACACCUUCACAGUACCUGUUGCAAAUGCUAUAUUUUUCAAUGGAGAUCGAGUUGAAGGGACGGGGAAUCCUGUGAUUGAGAGGCUAUCAGAUUUGAAGAGAGUUGCUGAAAUUUUGGUUUCUAAAUUUGGGAAUUCCAUCAAUGCUUGGGUCGUUGAGGCGCCUGUAUUUAAUGGCCCUUUUGGUGUUUACAGCGACUUCAUCCCUUCCGUUAAUGAAUAUGGAGAGCCCAAAGUUUAUGAUUCCAUGGAAUUCCCGGCUUCUUCAUCAAUUAUCUUGCUCUUGUGGAAUUGCCUGAAAGAGGCAAAAAAUGCCACUGCAGGGAAGCGGAAAGAACCUUCUUUUGCUGAGGCUUCUACGUCGUAUUCUCACAAGCCUCGGACAAUACUCCUCGGGUUUAGUAAGGGCGGUACGGUACUUAACCAGCUAGUUACCGAGCUUGCUUUCUCACCAGCCCCGCCCCCUGAAGAUAAAGACCAAGCAAACAAGAAUGCGACGAGUGGAUUUUCUACACAGCAACAGGAUGAGAUCACGCCCACUACUAAAGAAAGCUUUCUAAACAGCAUAGCCGAGUUCCAUUAUGUGGAUGUUGGUCUGAACACUGAAGGAGCAUAUCUCACCAACCAAGACACGAUUGAUAAAAUGUCGGGUCGACUCAGGCAAGGAGCACCGGGCAUUCGUUUUUUCCUCCAUGGGACCCCCAGACAGUGGAACGAUGGCAGACGAAGCUGGAUCCGGAGAGAAAAAGACGAACUUCUUCGGCUUCUUAAAGGAGCAGCUCACAAGAACAUGGGGAAGUUAUACAUUCGUGAAAGAAUGUAUUUUGGUAACUUGCCUCCAGAUCUGCAGAUGCAUUUUGAAAUUAUUGAGCAUUUGGAUUUCACUUGAGUUGAGUAGCCCCAUUAACAUGAGCAUUUGAGGAACUUCAGGGAUACAUUUUGUUAAAGAGCUCUAAGUUGACAUUUCUCGAGUAAGAGUUAAAUUUUGCGAUCCCAAAUGUCAUAUGUAAAAAAAAAAAAAUUCAGAGUUUCCCUUCUUUUCUUCGGGAAAUAUAUUUUUGAGUCUUUUAUUGGGGGAUUCGUAUUUA